AUGCCGAAGCAUCAUGUAUUGAUUGAUCCUGCCCGAUCUAUUCCAUCCAAACGAUCCAAGCCAACACCAAGCAUCAACUGGGACAUUUGUAUCCUCUGUAGAGAAGUUCAAAAUGAAUCUUUACAGUGCCCACUUAAAUCGACAAAACAGCCUGUUGGUAGUGGCUAUACAUCAUUGGCAGAAGACCUACUCCGAUUCCAGACUCUUCAGCAUAUGCCAAUGGACCUGGACUUGGACCAACUGGAUGAUGGAAAUGGCAUAGAAGCCACUUUGCAGGCACACAAGGCGGUGUGGCAUAAGAAAUGUCGCUUGAAAUUCAAUAAAAAGUCGUAUGAUGAGCAAAGUCGGAGAGAAUCUUGUACGGUACAACAGCCAAUUACCUCUACUCUGCAUACACGAUCUGCUCACACUCAUCCAAUGAACACAGAGCCUACUUGUUUCUUUUGCAACGAGCCGGCUGGUUCUGCAGUGUUACACAAUGCAUCGACCUACUCAAUUGACGUAAAUGUACGUAGGAUUGCCCUUGAACUCGAAGACACUGCUUUGCUGGCCAAACUAGCAGCAGGAGACAUGAUUGCCAUUGAAGCCAAAUACCAUCACGACUGUUUGCGUUCACUGUAUAACAGAGCCAGGAAGGCCGCACCCAAAGGCAAUGAUGAAGAUGAUUCUUGCCUGCAUGGCAUAGCCUUUUCUGAGUUAGUGGCAUUCCUCGAAGACAACAACAGUGAUGAGGACACUGCUCCCGUUUUCAAACUGGUAGACCUAACUGAAAUGUACAAGGUGAGAUUGGAGCAGCUUGGUGUAACUGUAGAGAAACGGAUUCACGCCACCAGACUGAAAAAUAGACUGCUUACCGCGCUUCCUGACCUGAGAGCUUAUUCGCAAGGCAGAGACACACUUUUGAGUUUCGAGAAGAACAUUGGACCAGCCCUAAUGAUGGCCUGUUCUCAUGAUAGUGAUGCCAUGCAUUUGAUGCGAGCAGCAAAAGUAGUGCGCAAAGAAAUAUUCGACUCAGGUUUCGUGUUUGAUGGGACGUUCAAGGCAAACUGCCAGGAGGAAGCUGUGCCACCAUCCCUUUUGGCUCUGGUCAACAUGAUACUCGAUGGGGCAAACAUAAAGGAUCAGAAUCAGCUGAUCCACACGACCACCACAAAACCUGCCUUAACAAUCGCCCAAUUGAUGGUGUUUAACUGCUCUUCCGAUCUAUGCACGGAACGUGAAUGCAUCAAGCUCAGCACGUCAUAG